AAUAGGUGGUUUUGCUGUUUGCCACUGUCUGCUUUUUGUAUCAUAAAAAUGAAUUAGUUCUGUCUGUAGUUUGAGAUCAUGGUGAAAAUGUAUGAUCGAUUAUUAUGAUCUGAACCAUGCUGGGAUAUCAUCAGGUUUUGCAACUUCUGUGCAAAAAAGAAAAAAGAUAUGGAGCAUACGGUCAAAAAAGCAGGAGACCAAAUACUAAGAAAAGUAUACUAAAUACUAAAAUGUCCCUAUUUUUGUACAAUAUUGGUUUUAUCAAACCUGAGAGAAUAUUAAAAGAAUCGAAAUAUAAAAUGUAUUGUACUAGAUUGACAAAUAAAUCAACUUUAUAGAUAUAAAUCAAAAAGCAUACUAUAGCAUAUGGGAAUAUGGGUUUAUUCAAAUAUACAGAAAAUGCAUAGAAUUUUUUUUAUCUGUUAUUAAUAUUUGGGACUGUAUAAUAUGUUGUUAACAAAAAUAAGACAGAAAUAAGAAUAAUUUACAGGAGGACUCUCAGACUUUUAUUUCCACUCUAUAUACACUCCUGAACAAAAUCUUAAGACCGGGGGAAACAUUACAAGUAUUCGCAUUUCUCGCUGGUGGAUCGUAACCAGGUUAUAAGUACUGCUUCAAAAUGCCAAAACAAGAAACAGGAGCAAGAGACAAAAAGACAGAGAGUAGGCAAUUUAUUGAAAACUUCAAUUAAACUCAAACAGGCUGUUCAUCAGCUAUCAAAAGUUUAAGACCAUAGCCUUAAAAAGUUCAAAUCUGCACAAAAAUAUGGCUUUCAUGUCAUUGCCAUCAGGAGAUCAUUACAGUGUGACUGCCUGAAGAACAAAGGCAAAAAGGCUGUCUGUCUGUGAAUGUGGCAGGAUUGUUGAGCUGCACGAGCAAGUUCUCUCGCAACGUGCCAUCGCUGCCGAGGUUGGACGCAGUAAGACAGUCAUUGCAAAUUUCUUAGAAGAUCCUGAGAGUUUUGGGACAAAAAAGCAAGUGGUAGACCCAAAAAAUUUCACCUGCACUGAGCCGGAGGAUCCGACAGGCUGUCCGUGAAGACACAGGGCGAUCCUCAACCCAAAUUAAGGCCCUGACUGAUGCUGACUGCAGCCAAAUAUCUAUAAGACAACAUCUGCGAGAGAAGGGCUUCAAGAACAAAAAACGUCUUCAAAAGCCACGUCUCCUUCUACGCUACAAACUUUCCCGUUUGGAAUUUGCAAGAGUGUACCAAACAUGAGACAUUGAGAGCUGGAAAAAGUUUUAUUCUGUGAUGAGAAUUUUUUUUACCUGGACGGUCCUGAUGGCUUCCAACGUUACUGGCAUGAUAAGGAGAUCCCACUGGAGAUGUUUUCUACGCGGCAGUGUUGGAGGCUCCAUCAUGAUCUGGGGUGCUUUUUCCUUCAAUGGGAAAAUGGAGCUUCAGGUUGUGCAGGGCCAUCAAACGGCAGCUGGCUAUGUGGACAUGUUGCAGCGGGCAUCCCUCUUGACUGAGGGCCCUUGUCUGUGCGGUAGUGACUGGGUCUUUCAACAGAACAACGCUGCAGUUCACAACGCUGCCUGACAAAGGACUUCUUCCAGGAGAAUAACGUCACUCUUUUUGACCAUCCUGCAUGUUCCCCUGAUCUAAAUCCCAUUGAGAACGUUUGGGGUGGAUGGCAAGGGAUGUUUACAAAAACGGACGUCAGUUCCAGAACGUGGAUGCCAUUCGUGCAUUCAAGCAUGCCGAAACGAGUGUUUGAAGUGAUCAACAAGAACGCCCAAGCGGAGCUAAUGGGGGAACACACUGUCAUGCAACAAGUUUCAAAUUAAGCGCUUUAGUCCAGACCAUCUACUUCCUUGGUGCCAGCGAUUCCAUACUGUCGUGUUGGAUGCAGCUUAACAAGCAGAGGACGAGAAAGAAACCGUUUCCCUCUCUCCAGCGGACUAGAUCUCUCUCGCAAUGAGAAAGUUAAUUUGAUUAGCCGCAGACCAAAGCAAGGCAUCACGUAAAAGUGAAACAAAGUUGAGAGACGCAGGCCGGAAUUGAGACCCCAACAUCGACAUUUUCCACGUGGCGUCGUCGGGCGGGCGGCGAACGGGCUCCCGUAGGAUGACCAGCCUUUUCCGCCGCAGCAGCAGUAAUGGAGGAUCUCGGGGGGGCUCGACAGCGGGCGAGCUCAACAACUCCAGGCCCAACCGACAAGUUAGGCGCCUGGAGUUCAAUCAGGCCAUGGAGGACUUUAAAACCAUGUUCCCAACCAUGGAUUAUGAGGUCAUCGAGUGUGUUCUUCGUUCCAACAAUGGAGCUGUGGACGCCACCAUCGACCAGCUCCUGCAGAUGAGCAUUGACGGGCAGGGCUCGGAUGACAGCUCGGAUUCAGACGACAGCAUCCCGCCAGAGAUUCUCGAGCGGACCCUCGAGCCAGACAGCUCAGAUGAAGAGCCACCCCCUGUCUACUCCCCACCAACAUAUGACAUGCACAUAUACGACAGGAAAUAUCCCGAUGCUCCACCUGUUCCUCCACCCAGAUUUGAGGCCCAGCCUCUGUCUGGACACACUCAAGUACGAGGUUAUAAAAACUGGAACCCACCGUUACUUGGAAAUUUACCAGAUGACUUCCUGCGAAUUCUGCCACAGCAAUUAGACAGUAUACAGGGUUCUCAGAGCAGCAUCUCCGAGUCCUCCUCCUCUUCCUCAGUACCUCAGAAAGGCCCCUCUGUGGCGGUCGCAUCAGGAUCAGGCGGAGCUUCGGAGCAGGAAUGCAAACUAAAGCAAUAUUUGGAAGACGAGCGCAUCGCUCUCUUUCUGCAGAAUGAGGAAUUCAUGAAGGAGCUACAGAGGAACCGAGAGUUCCUUAUUGCUUUAGAAAGAGAUCGAUUGAAAUACGAAUCAAAGAAAUCCAAAUCCAGUCAUUCAUCAGCUAGCGUGGAGAACUCCACAGGUAACCACUACGCCUCUGGAUCCGCCGAGGCAUGCACAGCCGUUUCUGACGACGCUUUGUUCAGAGACAAGCUAAAGCACAUGGGCAAAUCAACCAGAAAGAAGCUGUUUGAAAUCGCCAGAGGCUUCUCAGAGAAGACAAAGCGCAGAAAGUCUAAAAGAAGAACACUGCUGCGGCAUCAUUCUUUGGGCACAGCCAACUCCACUGCCAACCUCCUCGAUGAUGUAGAAGGAAACCCAUGUGAUGAAGAAAGUCAACUUAGACGAUUGGCUGCUCAGGAAGAAGAGGAGCCACACAAGGAACCACUAUCAUGAUGAUUCUGUGCUCUUGGGAAAUUAGGGUUUCCAUGGUGACCUCAGCAUAACCCAUGGCUGAUGGCUUCUUAUCUCAGUGGCUCUUGUGAUUAGCUCAGUGCCGAGCAAUCCCGGACUGGAGCAACAGCCUCCCCCAGAUAGGCUGAAACAGGACUGUAUGAUCAUUUUGUAGCAACCUUUUGCUAGCCUACGAUUAUCGUUACCUGCAUUUGAUUACUAUUAUAAUUAUUGUAUUGUAACUGUUUGUUAAUAAUAGACUUCAUAUGUAAACAGAACAGAGACUGAUUUGCAACUAUUUUCUUUUGAAAUCCCAUGAAUCCUAAUCAGCUGGAUUCCUGUUUUAGUUCAAUAUAAUUUUCUUUAGAAGUGCACCCCCGCUCAUGUAUGAUUUGGGGAUGUGUUGACUUUGAAAAUAGGCAGAUAUUUUAUUUGCUUAUUAACGUCCAUUUUCUAAAAAUCGAAACAUUUGAGUGUUAAUGGUCAGAUGUUUCGGCUCAUUGUUAUUUCCCGACUUCCUAAUGGACCAUUAUACUAAUCUGCACAUUAAACGUCAAAAGCAUUUCCACAUUGAAUGUACCCCAGAAUAGAAUGUUCAUUGCCAACUCUGACAAAACACUUUCUCUUCCUUAUCUUUGCUUUAAGGAACACUAUUGUUCAGGUCUCCAUUUAGUCUAGGUUUGAAUUAAGGGUGCUGAAUAGUCCGUUUCCUUUUGUGUAAUACUUUUUUGUACAAUUUAACGAUAACACAUACAGCAUUACAUCAAAUGCGACACCCUUUUGGUACCCAAAGUGUUCACCUGCCAAGUACGGCAGUACACAUUGUGUACCAUUUUGCGAUGCCAAAAGUCAACUUCAGUCAUUUUUUACACAAGGAAAGAGAGGCCUGCUCGUCAUUUUUGCACUGCCAUGUCUGUUUUCUAAAAUAUUAAAAUUUCCCAGUGUGUCUUGUUUAAAGUGGGUAGAAUGUUUGAGCCAGUACAGAGGUUUCAUCACGUUUUUAACUUAUCUUAGAUAUGAUUAGAACAUUUUGUGAUGUUAAAGAACGAGCAGAGAACAAUUUGAGUGAUGCUGCCCUUGAACCAACCAAAAGCUGCUGUGUGGUUUGCUUUUUUGUAAAUCACAUCGAAUGACGCUGUGCUUCCAGUAGGUCACAUGACAAUGUCAUAAGAUCAGGUGUCUAACUGUGAUCCACCAAUAAGAACGUGCCAUCAUGGUCCUUACCAUGUUGCAUCCCAGUAUUGAUUUUGUACUUGGCGCAUUGGAGGACACCAGUGAUGUGUCUGUUUGUUUUUGAUGUAAGUCAGCGUUUGUUUGUUCAAUAAGUCACAAACCUUAAAGUCACCAUAUUGCAUGUGCCAAGGCAGAAGGAUUUGAUUGCGUGUUGCUUCCACCAUGUUACUGUGCAAAGCCAUAGUUUUGAUCACACUUAUAAAGAAGCGCAUUGUUAUGAAAUCAUAAUGUUUUUGAAAGCGCUGUAUACGUUUGUUCAUGAUGUGUUUGAUUAUAUAGAUAGCCAUAGGCACAGUGAAGACUUGCAGCAUAAAUCUCAUCCACAUAAUUUAAGUGUGCUGUGACCUUUUAAUAGCCAGUAUGAUUUAUGGUGAUGAAAUACGAUGACGCCAUACACAUCUGUUUGUUUUUAAGGGAUGGCACAGUAAAGCAAGUAGGAUUUAUUGUAACGCUCGCAGUAGUUCUCCAGAGGCCGCGUUCCCAGCGUGCACUUUGUUGCUAAUGGGUCACAAAGGUUGCACCGUUCCCAGCGUGCACUUUGUUGCUAAUGGUGCUAAUGGGUCACAAAGGUUGCACCAUAGGUUUUCUUCCAUGCCGCUUGUUAACAUGUUUUAUCCUCUCAGGGAACUUGCUCUCAUUUUCUGGUAAAAGCACAACUACAACAGAACAAACAUUAGCUGCAGGGCAUUCAUUAAACAGACCAGGUAGCACUGUUCUAUAUGCAUUUACAAUGACAAACUAAUCUUAACCAUAUUUUGUCACAUCAUGACGAAUUUAGCAAUGGUAUGUGUAGCCAAAUAUUAUAAUUGUUUUGCUUGUAUGUCCAUAUGUAUAAGGUCCUCUUGUUUCACCCUUGAUCCUUGUAUGGCAGAAAUGAAAGAGAAGUGAGAGUGAAGUAUGUGAGCCAGAUGAUUUUCAUAGCAAUUGAUGGAAUGUACUAUUUCUACUUUAUUAACAGGAAGCAACUGUAUGUUCUACGCAAAAUUUGUAAGAUGGUAUUAUUAUUUUGCUGUCCACGGCGGAAUAAGACUAAAAAAAUCGUAUCCCAAAAUUGUCUGUUUCACAUUCAAGACUCUUUCAAGUUACAAACUUUCGUACGAUCCAAAUGUUUAUUAGCUAUUGGAAUUAAUAAAAUGGUUGU